UGGGACAGAUUCCGCUCUACUGGCCUGGAGAAACGCUCAGAACUGAAAAAAGAAACGCACACACUGCUUUCCCUAAUAGCUGUGGUCGGUAUUGAACCGUCCAGGGUGCGUGGUGUGCGGUCAGAUCCCUCAGACCGACGGAGCAGAAAAGGAGGAUUAGAAUUUUUUUUUUUUUUUUUGUAGCUCUUGGUUUGUGUUGACGUCUCGUGCAUUGGACAGUGUAGCUGUUGUAAGUGACCGCGCUCGUGAAACCAUGAAACACAGAUGAUGUGUAACCUCUCUAUAGAUGGAUGUUCUUUCUCUAAAAACUUAGAGGACUUCGACUCUAUUCGCAGCGUUCUCCUUCACAGUGAUUUGGAACCAGAAUGGCUGGAUGACAUCCAAAAGAACGGGGAACUUUUCUACCUGGAGCUGAGUGAGGGCGAAGAGGAGGCUGUGUUGACCCAGGCCACAGCCAACCACACCAAUCAUGUCCGCUUUAGUGAAAAGGAAGCCGAGAUCAUCACAGAGCAAAGUAAGAAACCGCGCUGUGCAUCUCAGACUAAAGGUGAACCAACGCUAAAGAGACUGGCCCGGAUCUUAAGGAGGAAACGGCGUCAGUCACAUCACAGAGGAGGGAUGGAUGGAGGUAAAGAUGGCUCGUCUGUGUCCUCACCCCCGGCGUCCAUCCUGAAGAACCAGCCGGGUCAGAGGCAGGGACUGACGGUUCAGAAGCAGCAGCUCAAGGAAGUGUGUGUCUACCUCAACCCCAAACGGUUAGGAGUAUCAUCGGCCCCUGUUUCAGGUACAGGGGGCUUGCUGGAGGCCCUUUUAGGGGUGGUGCAUCGGCCCUCCUGGAGCAGGGGUCAGAGAGAUUCUGCAGGGGUCAAACAGGACGAGAGACUCACAGUUCAUGGAUUAAUUCCAAACAGCCCAGCCAUCAAAUGUGGACAAAUCCUGAUCGGUGAUGUGCUUGUAGCAGUGGAUGAUGUGGAUGUGACCUUAGAAAACAUUGAGAGGGUUCUGUCCUGCAUCCCUGGACCAACACAGGUGAGGCUGACCCUGGAAACGGUGGCUCCAGUGGACACCAGUGGCCCCUGUGAGUCUUCAACUGUCCGAAAGAUGAAGUCGUCUCCACCGGUCAGUCAGCUGGUGCGUCUGCUGUGGGGAGAGGACACGGCCGAACUCCAGAUGUCCAUUGGACACAUCCCACACAUCGUCAUGUACCUCUCACUUAAACUGGACUCUACGUCGCCACAGGAGGAGGAGGGGAUCGUGUACCAGUAUCCGGUGUCUGAAGCAUCCAGCCAGCUGAAAGGAGUGAGGGGAAUCUUCCUGACUCUUUGUGACAUGCUGGAGAAUGUCACAGGAGGACGAAUCCUCAGUUCAUCUCUCCUGCUCGGGAAAUAUCUGGUUCAUGUGGGUUACUGGAAGGAGAAUAACAACUUGUUAGUCAUUGGGCUUCCUGCAGAGAGGGUUCCGCUGCUGUAUCUGCAGACAGUACUGGGAGAUGUAGUCCGGACAAUAAAACUGAUGUAUGGCUCCUUAGACAGUGCCUUCUGUGAGGCAGAACAUGCUCCCAGGUUGGACCAUUUCUUCUGCCUGUUCUUCCAGCAGCUCAUUCAGCCGUCUCGCCUCAGAGAUGGUUUCCCUGCUUCAUCUCCUGACGUCUCUGGGACUCUUUUCCUCGAUGGACUGCCAGCGGUCCGCUGGCUCACACUGCCCACAGAAAUCAAGAUGGAGGUUGACACUGUUCUGUCUGAAUUUGAGUCGUCUGAUUUUGGUGAAAUGUCUGAGGAUGUGUUUGGCCUGAGGCGUCUCUACGUGAUCCUUGGCUCCUGUUUGUUUUACAAGUCGUACCUGAUUGCCAACCACCUCCCCAAAGAGGACCUGCUGGAUGUUUGUCUGUACUGUCAACACUACUGUCUGCUGCCACUGGCGUCUGAGCAGAGGGUGGGUCAGCUGGUCAUCUGGAAGGAAGUGUUCCCACAGCAACGAGCCAACACAACGCCUGGAUACAACCAGCCUCAAGGACGCCACUUCCUCCUGAUAGUGGGCUUGAAACACUUCAUGCAGUGUGUCCUGUUGGAAGCAGGCGGCUGUGCUUCACCUGCUUUUGGCUCUCCAGGACCUGACUAUGUCUACGUAGACCAGGUGAAGGCGACCCUGCUGCAGUUGGAGGUGUUGGAGGCCGGUAUAGAGGAGCGUCUCAGUGCUCCUCCAGCUCCCUGUCUGUCCUGUGCAGACUGGUUCCUCCCCGCUGCCACGGCCCGGGACCGCCUGGACAGCCUGACCUCAUCCUCCCCUGUCCUCACCAAGCUGGCGGGGGUGGUUAAAGGCUCCUCUUCGGGGUCCAGAGGACGCAGGCUUUUCGGGGAGAGGUCACGCAAGUCCAGUCCACAGAGGAGCCAGUCGGACAGUGGGAGCGAAGGACCGACGGAGGCCAGGUCUGGGUCAUCGGCCGCACGAGGACUCAGUCCACAUUCUACCCCAGACUCGGCAAGGAAACUCGGGGGCCGGCGAGACUCUCUGGGGUCUGGUGGCUCUGAUGGAAGUGGAGGCAGUGGAGGCCUGUUCAAGAUUCCCAGGAUGAAGCACCCUAACCCCUUCUACCUUGGCACCUUGAAAAAGACUCUGACUGAGAGGGAGACAGAGGACAUGUACAACACCAUGAAGCUGACAUCGGGAGCAGAGAACACGUUGUUCCACUACGUGCUGAUGGAGAACGUCCAGGGCAUCUUCAUCGCUCCCACACACAGAGAAGUGGCUCAGCUCAGUGGAUCCAUUCACCCACAGCUCAUCCGCAACUUCCACCACUGCUGUCUGUCCAUACGGGCCGCGUUUCAGCAGAGUCUGCCCGCCAGGGGCCAUCGGGGUGCAGACAGGCCUCGGGGGGCUGGAUGGGGUCUGGGCCCAGUGAAGGAGCACGGGGUUCUGUUCCAGUGUAAACCUGAGAACUGGACCGACCAGAGGAAACCUGCUCCCACCAUGACUUACUGGGUCAUAGGGUACGACAAACUCAGCUCCUCACUGUUAAGGCGACAGCUGGUGAAUAGUGGAGGCUCAGGAAAUACAUGUUUGGUGAGAUCUGAUUCAGAACCAGGAGGAGGACUUAAUGUUCGCAUAAAGGAGGGGAUGGUUUUCAGCCAAUUGGACAUGUGUAGGACCAGGAGUGUGUGUGAGGAGUGUGUGACUGGGUGAAUAGCGGCAUUGUGCAGAGGGUUCUAGUGGGAGUGGAGUGUCCCAUGCUGAAGUGACUGAUGGUGAUGUGGAUUUAUCUGAGCUCUCUUUGUCUUGGACAGACUCCCAGGUUUACCAGACAGACAGACAGCAGGAGCUCAGACAGAAGUGACUGAACUCAGAAGGUUUCAUUGACUCCAAUAAAAUCAAACAGAUUCUGCUGAUCGGUCCAACUGAUUCCUGAUCAGGUUCCAUGUGCCCGUUGAAGCUUAUUACUGGUGUUACAAAUAAAGUUACUGUCCUGGUUAUAAUUCUACCAAUGGGCAGAGAGUUUUGCAUGGA